AUGGCUCCGUCACUACUCUACACUCAGUCUUCCACAUGGCAUGGUGAGGGGGAGGGCCUGCUUAGACAGCAUAUCGACAACUUUGCGGGUCAAGAUGUCGCUAUGCCCGAGGGCGGGCACAACGGUGCUGCCACUCAGAUUAUUGCUGGGCCUUCUUCCGUACUCUGCUAUGGGUGCGGGCAGUCCUUCAGCAAUGUAAAGGCGGUGCUGAGGCAUUUGCACACGGCGCAUCACAUGCCGUUGAGUCCGCAUUGCAGCUGUGCGAUGUGUCGAUUCUCGAGAAACACGCCGCCGCCUGAGCAGGGUUUGCUUGGUGGACAGGGUGGUGCUGCAGCCAGCAACGCUGUGCUCCAAGGAACUGCUCCCCUCAGCGUCCUCACAUCCAAGCAAGCUACGAAUGAUGCAGACAUUUGGUCCAAGAUCUCCGAAACCAAUCUUCCGCCUCUGCUUGGCCAGCUCGAGGCCGGUACGCUCCUCACCAGCCGUGACGGCAGCAUCGUCUACCGUACCCGGGCAGCUGCUCCACCACCACUACUGGAUACCAACGGCAACCAGGUCCGUAGCGCAGCCACCAGCCGCUUGAUGCGCGACAUCUCCUUUCUCCCUACACUCAUCCCAGCCGAUAUACCAAUUUGGCAUAUCCACUUUUUUGAGCGCCUUGCCGCUUCAAAGGGCGUCGACCUUCUCCUAACAGAUAUCAUGGACCGCCUGCCACCCCACAAUACCGUCAGCAAGAACGGCUUGGAUAUGAAACUCCAGCGCUAUCGCGCUAGCAUGGGCUACCUUCCACUCGUGAACAAGGAUCUGGAGAGGAGUUUAGCGUUUCAGAGUAACGUUUCCACGAUCCAGGACCUGAUGGUAUGGCAGGGGAAGUCGAACACGAUAUGGUUACCAACGCAUAUGGGGAGGAAAGGGCCGUGGAAAGUUGUACAGCCGAAUUGGCAUCCUGGACAUAAGAACAGAGUCGCAGGCGGCAGUCGAGGAGGUGGAAUCUACAUCAUCGACUCGUUGCCGGGCCUCAGCGACCGUGUCCGCAACAUUGCCGAUACGAUCGUGUAUCUGGACUGCAAACUCAUCGACCUCCGACUCACGCCUGCGGCUGAAUUGGAUGAAGAGGAUUUGGCUUUGAAGCAGGAGGUUUUGUCUUGGUAUGAAACGCUGGAACCUUGCUCGGGAGCGAGGGCGCUCAUGUUGAAGCGAACGAGUAAUGCUGAAUUUGAGCAUUGGCUUGCGAGGUCUAGGAGUGGGGUCAGUUUGAAGCAGAUUAGGAGGGCGCUUGAGGUUGCUGAAGCGGGGGGAGGGCCUUGCGGUGAAGAGUAUGUAAGGGUCGUGGGCGGGGAUGAGAAACUGGUGGUGAUGCUUAGUGGGAGUUGA